AUGAAAACAGAAAGCUAUCAUGAUCUUCACGAUUCAAAUCCUGUAAAAAUUGAAUUGUUUGAUUUACACCCUUCCGAAAGGAAUUAUAAUAAUAUUGAUUGUUGUUAUGAAAAAUUAAAAGAAAAGCUUCGAAAAGCUCGGAAAUUACAAGCCUUUUCUAUGAAUUUUGAUUCUGUAUACAUUUUUAAAGGAUAUAACGCAUGUAAAUUUAGAAACCCUUGUGAUGUCAAGAUCUCCCAUAACUGCCAAUGUAUUUUGAUAAGUGAGUUCAGUAACUCCAAUAUUCUUGUUUUUGAUUUACUUUCCAAAGAAUACAGGAUGAGAAUUCCCACUCCGGGAAUGCCAAUGUAUUUAGCAAUCGAAGAAAAUUAUGAUGGAUGUAAUAAGGAUGCUCUUUAUUUCGAUUGCAAUAGUACAAAAAUUGUAUACAAGUACAAUUUGAAUGCUCUUUUAGACUUGUUGGGUAUGCCAAAAAAAGACGAUGAGUACAACAGUGCACUCCUCUGGGAGUCUUGUUCAUUUGAAAAUCCAAGAGCAAUUGCACUCUACAACUCGGAGAGUACAUAUUCUACAUACAAGAAUCUUUAUGUUUGUAAUUAUGGAGGGCAUUUCGUGUCAAUGUUGAGAUCAGAUUCUGGACAAUUGGUUCAAAAGAUCGAUCUGUAUAUUCGCUCUCCAUAUGGAAUAGUGGCCAUUUCCGAAAACGAGAUUGUCGUGAGUGAUUUUACAGAUAAUUUUGUGCGAGUGUGGAGGUAUCAGAGCGACAACGGGCGUUGGCAACAAGUAGUAACGAUAGGCAGUGUUGGAGAAGCACAUUGCCAGAUUCGCUGGCCUCAAGGUGUUGCUUUUGAUCAGGCUUCAAAGAAUAUCAUUGUUUGUGAUUCUGGAAAUUCUCGUUUACAAAUAUUUUCAAAAGAUGGAACCUUUUUGAAGUUAUUCGAGUUUUCAAGCCGUAACCACUGCCCUGAUGGGUUAUGUGUUAACAAUCAUACUGGAGAGUUACUUGUUUCAGAUUACAAUGAAAAUCUUGUACACAUUUUCAAAUAA